AAUUUACAAAAUAAAAUAACAAUGCGACGGCAUUGGUUGGAUUGGUGCCGUCUAUGCGCAAACGAUAUCGCCACCAUCGACGUGCGCAAAAAAGAUGCAUACAAGAAGAUUAUUAGUAAGGUCUUCGAUGUGGAAAUUGGACAAGAGGAACCCGCAUUGGGUGCGAUGCUGUGUAAUGAAUGUUACUCCUUGGUUGAUGACUUAAUUCACUUUGUCGAUAAUGUCAACAAAGUCCAACCGAUCUUUGAAUUAUUGCGACACUCGGAGCCCAAUGAGCAUCUCAACGUGCGGGCUUUGCGGCAUCAAUAUGGACUUUCGACAAGGUACAAGGCUGAGCCAUCAGAGGUUGAGAUCUUGAAUAGCCGUGACAAAAGCAUGGAGCUAGAUAUUCCAGAUUUUAUGGACGACGAUAUUUCCCAAGCUGACAGUUCAUAUUCAACACCGCCAACACCAGCUAAAAGAAAACGCGGUCGUCCCAAGAGCUCUAAGAAACUUAACAAUAGUGUAGACCGCACUGACGAACAUGAAGUGAUUACUCCAAACUUUCCAACUGAACACUGCAAAGAGGAACUAUCGAUUAAGGUCCAGGUGGAGGCUUUAAGUAACUCUGAUGAGGGCGUCGAAGAAGAACUGGUUGAAAAUCACAUAUGGCUAGAAGAUUAUCCUAUGGAAGAUAACGAGCAAACAUUGAAAAAUGCUUUGAAAAGAAAACGUAAGCAACGCAAGGAGUACUUAAAAAUUGAGCGUGCAAUAUCACCCGACGAUUUUGACGCCUUGUCAGAGAAUUACUCAUUAAAAUCGGCAACCGAGAUGGAUAAACUGAAAUUUGAUCCAGCUAAUUACAAGGAGUCUGAGACACAUGAGAUCUCAAAUACAGAAGAAACGGCGCACAUUCCAAUUACAAGAAAACGGGGUCGCCCCAAAAAAAAUCAAGUGCACAUUCAGGAUGAAGAGAAUUUAAAUGAGUCGAAUCUCUCGAAAUGUAAAAAUGUGGCACUAGCGAGACUCUUAUCCGCAUCCCCACAUUCGGAGAAUAGUGUGGACGACAAACAAAAUAAAAAACGGCCAGUUACAUGCAACAUAUGCAACAAGGAGUUAGCAAACGAAAAUUCAUUGAAGCAGCACGAAGAGCGUGUCCAUAUGAAGAAGAAGCCCGUUGUCUGCGAUUCCUGUGGCAAGCGGGUCAGCAACUUUUCAGAACUCAAGGAGCACAUGCUUGUCCACACCGAGGAGCGUCCAUUCGCAUGUCCAGUGUGCAAUGCUAGUUUCAAGAAUCAAAAGCGUCUCAAAAUACACAGCCAAUCACAUGGAACGCCCAAGUACGAAUGUGAGAUUUGUGGCAAGAAACUGCAAACGCGUGCCAUAUGGAAUAAACAUAAGUACGUGCACACAAACGAGAGGAGAUUUAAAUGUAGUAUAUGCGGAACUGCAGUUAAAAACUCAACGGCACUAAAGGUUCAUCUUUUGAGCCACACAGGAUUAAGGCCAUACGCUUGCAAAUACUGCAACAAGGCCUUUGCCAGUGGCGUCAAUUGUAGGGACCACAAAAUAAAGAAACAUCCAGAGGAGUUUGCAAAAGAUGAUGAUAAAUCUUCGAGAAUUCAAUCGGUGCCCACUUUGGAUGAGCUACGUGCCUUAGCUGAGGGCAUGGAGAAAAGCGAGAGGCUGCGAAGACCGAGAUGUGCAGAUAAUUAAUAAAUUUGCACAAUUU